GACAACACACGCAACACAAAGCCGCUCUCUUCUGAGAGAGAGAGAGAGAGGAGGUGCGAGAGAGCUACGACUGCUUCCUUCUUGACCUUUCCGCGAGAGAGCUGUCGAAGGGAGCGAACGAGGAGGAGGAGAAAGAGAAGUUACUCGUCAGAAAAGGAAAGAGAAAGAGAGGGUUCUCGAUCUACACAUAUUGAAGUAGUUCUUUCAAGUCUCCCCUGCGCUUUCGUCUCCGUAGAUCUCUUCGUCGGCCCGGGCCACCUCUUUUCGCUUUGGAGUUGGAUCGUAAUUUGGUUGAGGGAACUUUCAGCCUUGGGUUGUCCAUAAUCGUUGAGGUAUACAAGUCUGGUUGCGGGAGCUGAUGAUAAAGAAGGCAUAAUGUCGUAACAAGAAGAGGAAGAUGAAAAUGCCUCAUGCAUGGUAUUUAGGCAAUGGGAAUGUGCAGAUCAUGCCGGUUCAACGACACAGACCAACUUCAAGGAGGCCUCAUUGGAUCAUCAUCUUGAUAUGUUUGGUGUGUGUCUCUUUGAUUGGGGCAUAUGUCUAUCCACCUCACCGAUAUUCAGCUUGCUACAUUUUUGCUUCAAGCAUUUGUAGUCCUUUUACGGAUUGGGUACCUCCUGUAGCCCAUGUUCUUACCGAUGAUGAGUUUGCUUCCCAUGUUUUGAUUAACGACAUUCUUUCUGCGCCAUAUAAAGAGCCGAAGAAUCCAAAAAUAGCUUUCAUGUUCUUGACUCCUGGUUCACUGCCUUUCGAGAAGCUCUGGGAGAAAUUCUUUUUGGGCCAUGAGGGGAGAUUCUCCAUCUAUGUACAUGCAUCACGAGAGAAGCCAGAUCAUGUUAGUCCUUUGUUUGUUGGCCGGGACAUUCAAAGUGGGAAGGUUGUGUGGGGAAAGAUUUCUAUGGUCGAUGCAGAGAGGAGACUCCUAGCAAAUGCACUCCAAGAUCCUGAUAAUCAGCAUUUUGUUUUGCUCUCUGACAGCUGUGUUCCCCUGCAUAACUUUGACUAUGUCUACAACUAUCUUAUGGGAACAAAUGUCAGUUUUAUUGACUGCUUCUGGGAUCCUGGCCCACAUGGAAAUGCCAGGUACACCGAGCAUAUGUUGCCUGAGAUUGAAGAGAAGGACUUCAGGAAGGGUUCACAGUGGUUCUCAAUGAAGCGGCGACAUGCUUUAAUAGUGCUGGCAGACAGCCUUUACUAUACAAAAUUCAAGCUCUAUUGCAAGCCAGGUUUUGAUAGUCGCAACUGCUAUGCUGAUGAACACUAUCUUCCAACUCUAUUGAGUACAGGACAUUUCGACAUCCUGCAGAUGGUGGAUCCUACCGGAAUUGCCAAUUGGUCGGUAACGCAUGUUGAUUGGUCUGAAGGAAAGUGGCAUCCAAAAGCAUAUCGAGCACAAGAUGUCACUUUUGAGAUCCUGAAGAACAUUUCAUCUAUUGAUGAGAGUUACCAUGUCACCAGUGAUGAAAAGAAAGUGGUGACUGUGAAACCUUGUUUGUGGAAUGGAAUGAAGAGACCUUGCUACUUGUUUGCUAGGAAAUUUUAUCCUGAAGCUCUUCACAACCUGAUGCAGUUGUUCUCUAAUUACACCCUCAUAUGAGACACAUCAGCAUGAACACCAUUGUUUGGUCUGGUUGUGCCUCCUGACAUCACAUUGUUGAGUCAUUUGCUCCAUGAAAUCCCUGCCAAUUCUUGAACUCAAGCCACCUCAUGUAGCAGCAGAAGAUUGUCGGAGGCAAUCGGGAUGACUUGAAUCUAUGUUUCUCUCUAAGUAUGGAUGAGGUGGAUACUACUUUAUUUGAUGGUGCACUCCACCCAGUACUGGUCUUCUCUCUGUUUUGUGUUUUCCUGGUUAUUUGAUCUCUUGAGCAGCAAAAUUUUGUUAGUCCAUUUAACUUUAUAGAGUGCUCAAUUCUUUUGUAGAGAGAGAGAGAGAGAGAGAGAGAGAGAGAGAGAGAGAUUAUAAAACACUUUCUUUGUGAAGUCUUUAUGGCAAAUCUCUUAUUUUUUUUUGAAAGAAAA